AUGUGGCUACAAUUUCUGUCCUUUGCUAUUCAAAUAUUCCUAAGCGCUUCUCUGUUGAAACCUGUAGUAGUGAACACAUGGGGAUCUAAGGAUUUUCAACAAGCUAACAGAAACGCUCUUGGUUCUAUGUACGCUGGUAGAUUGUAUGCGUUGGUGGAAGGCUUAUCGACAUGUGAGCGGCUACAAUGCGAUACUACUGUAGGAUAUGACGGUUCUCCGGAUGAAAAUGGUGAAACAACACUUGACGCAUUGAUUGUGGAUGGAAAUGGUGUUCGUAUGGGAGCUGUGGCAAAUUUGCACAGGAUCAAGGAUGCCGCUCGUGUUGCUUGGGCGGUGAUGAACUACACGAAGCAUACAUUAUUAGUUGGAGAAUCAGCCACAAGAUUUGCUGUCCAGAUGGGAUUUCGGGAAGAGGAUAUCUCAUCGAAUGUCUCUAGAGCCAUGAUUUCUGAUUGGAGAUCCAGAAAUUGUCAACCAAAUUUCUGGCAGAACGUUUCGCCCGAUCCUUCUCGAUCUUGUGGCCCGUAUCGCCCAGGAUAUUACUCACAACAACACUACUACAAUAAUUAUAAGCCUCAACAAAUUAGAUCAGCUGUGGACAGGUUCAACCAUGACACUCUUGGAAUGGUCGUCCUUGACGCUGACGGAAAUGUGGCCGCUGGUACGUCAACAAAUGGUGCGAAAUUCAAAAUUCCUGGACGAGUGGGAGAUUCGCCCAUUCCUGGAUCUGGUGCAUACGCUCUUGAAGGUGUUGGUGCGGCUGCUGCAACAGGAGAUGGGGAUAUAAUGAUGAGAUUUUUACCUAGUUUUUAUGUGGUUGAACAACUACGAGGUGGAACGAAACCACUCAGAGCAGCACAUAAAGCUAUGAGACAUAUACUUCAAUAUUAUCCUCAUUUUCAAGGAGCUAUUGUUGCUGUCAAUGUACGGGGAGUUUACGGUGCUGCAUGUGCGAAUUUGAACAAAUUCCAGUAUUCGGUGGGAAUAGGAAGUGCGACACGAGUUGAAACGGUUACCUGCGUUGAUUUCCGGACGAAACGAAAAGGAAACGAUCUAUACAUGAAUGAAUAUUGGACAGAUCCAGGACUGGCAUAUGAUAUUUUAAAUCCAUGUCAAGGAAAUCUUUCAUUCGAUUGGACUGUGUUACAGAAUAUCUGGACACCAAAUACAUGUUUUGUGAACUCGAAAAAAGCUCAGAUUCACAGCUCUCCUUUCAGGAAUGUUUUCCUCAUGGUGUUUCCAAACGGCUCAAUUUGGUCAAACUGGCGAACAAAAUGUACGGGUCCUUGCAGAAUGGAUUUAUCAAAAUUCCCUAUGGAUACAAUAGAAUGCAUUUUAACAUUUGAGUCUUUCAACUAUAACAAGGAUGAAGUUCAUAUGCGAUGGAGUGAUUCGCCAUUGACACAGUACAAGGAUAUUGAAUUACCCGAUUUUUCAAUGGUUAAUUAUACAAUUUCAGAUAAUUUGACCCUCUAUGCUGCUGGAUACUGGAAUGAGCUUACCGUAACAUUCGUUUUCCGUAGACGAUACGGGUGGUAUUUGCUUCAGGGAUAUAUCCCAACAUAUAUGACCGUUUUCAUCUCGUGGAUCCCUUUUUACCUCGGUCCUAGAGCGAUACCUGCUCGAACGAUGAUUGGUGUUAAUGCGUUACUGGCCAUGACAUUUCAAUUUGGUAACAUCAUCCGUAAUUUGCCUCGGGUCUCUUAUAUUAAAGCUAUAGAUGUUUGGAUGCUUAGCGGAAUUUCAUUUGUAUUUGCAUCACUGGUUGAACUGGCAACAAUCGGUUAUAUAACGAGAAAUGAGGGACGACCGCAAUCACUUUCCAGUCAACUUGGAGGAAGGAGAUGGAACAUCAGUAAAACGUCUGCGUGUAGUGAUGUACCGAAAAAAUCUCGAAAUAUUCAUUACUGCGAAAAAGUGGACUACUGUGCACGAAUAGCGUUCCCGUUGGUAUAUACGUGCUACAACCUAUUGUACUGGCUGGUAUUUAUGAAGAGUGCUCUGGAUGGUGCACCAAUGUGA